UCUGUGAAAAAAUUUAAAUGUAACACUUUUAAAUUUAUUGUAGAACUCCCAUUAUUAUAAAAUCGUGUUUUUCUUAUCAUUUCUUCAUACCGGUGUCAAAAUUGCCAGUAAAACGAACAUGGUCGACUACAGCAAGUGGAGAAAAAUCGAGAUAUCCGACGAUGAAGAUGAAACGCACCCCAGCAUCGAAUCUUCAGCCCUUUUCGAUUAUAAACACCAGGCCAGGAUCCGGCGGAUGGAAGAGGCCCAAAAGGAAAAGGACGAUUUAGCCAAAGCCAAAACGGACAAUCAAAACAAAAUCAAAGAGUUGAAAAUGAAAUUGACCGAUGGUUCCGGUGAAGGGGACACUUCCGUCGAAAGAUCUUUACUCGAAGAGUUGGAGAAAACUGCGGAAACGUUCGACCAAAUAGAAGAACGGCUGAAAAAUAAAGAAAGGCUUACACCUUGGAACAUAGAUACAAUCAGCCAGCCGGGUUACACAAAGACCUUGAUAAAGAGGAAUUCUCCUACUAAACCGCCAACUCUGACAGAAGAAGAAAGAGAAAAGCGUUUGCAGGAUUUUAUUAAAAAGAACGAAAAGACAUUGCAGCAGUACGGCACGCUCAGGAGUUACGACGAAAGUCAACAGUUUUUGGAAGAUCAUCCUCACUUAGUCUGUGAAGAUACUGCGAAUUAUCUAGUCAUAUGGUGUGUAAAUCUCGAACUGCAGGAAAAGGCAAAGUUGUCCAAGCUCGUUGCCCAUCAGUGCAUCUGCAUGCAGUACAUUCUUGAGUUGGCCAAAAGGCUCGACGCCGAUCCGAGAAACUGCGUGACGACGUUUUUCUCUAAGAUCAAAAUCUGCGACGGCUGUUACAAGUCGAACUUCGAGGACGAACUGAGAUCUUUCAUCGAGCGAGUCAAGGAGAGCGCGAGGGAAAAACUCGAAAUCGCAGCCAAGGAGCAAGAAGAGGAGGAUCGUCAGGCCAGACUGGGCCCUGGGGGCCUCGACCCAGUCGAAGUGUUUGAUAAUCUACCUCAAAACAUGAAAACUUGCUUUUUGAAACAAGACGUCGCCAUGUUGCAAAAAGCUAUUGCCGAUAUGCCCCAAGAUGAAGUCGCCUAUCAUAUGAAACGCUGCGUCGACGCUGGCCUUUGGGUCUCCGGCGAAGAAGACUUUGAAAAAAUAAAACCCAGCGUGGAUACUUCAACAAGCUCGUCGUCGGUACCAAAAUAACAAUCCCAGCUCCGAACUUUCCACAUAGUUGAGUACAAUCACCGUGUCACAAUAAAUUUAGACUAAUUUACAAAUAGACUAAA